AAAAAAUGCAUAAACUAUAGCAAACUAUAUUUACGUAUUCACGGACACAUCUAUUAAUUUGUCAUCUAUAGCUAGGUUUCUAUUUGUCAAAGGGUGGGGCUUUGUAUUAAACUCGUGAUAUUACGUGGAUGUAAAUUAUACGUAUUGAAAAUGCAUUAAUGAAUUGACGUCCAUCUGAGAAAUUGUGAGUAUCUAAAAGUGCUUCUUUAUUGCAAAAGUGAAAUGGAUAGCAAUAAGGACGAAGCGGAGAGAUGUAUGGAGUUGGCAGAAAAGUUCAUGAAGGAAAAAAGGUUUGACGAUGCUGAGAAGUUCGUAAAAAAAGCUUUAAAAUUAUAUCCUACAAAAAAAUAUGAAGAAAUUUUAGCAAAAAUUGCAUUGAUUUCCAAGACAAGUAAAAAAUUUGAGCCUGAACAAGAAGUCAGAAAAAGACCUACGGUCACUAAAGAAUCUAGUCAGCAACCUUCGUCUGGUGAUUAUAGCAAAGAACAGUAUGAACAUGUGAAAAGAAUAAAAAAAUGUAAAGAUUAUUAUGAAAUUUUAAAUGUAACGAAGGAAGCAACGGAUAGUGAAAUCAAAAAGGCUUAUAAGAAAUUAGCUCUUCAACUUCACCCAGAUAAAAAUAAAGCUCCUGGGGCAUCAGAAGCUUUUAAAGCUAUCGGAAAUGCUGUAGCUGUUUUAACAGAUGUUGAAAAACGUAAACAAUAUGAUCUUUAUGGUUCAGACGAAGACAGAUUACAAUCAGCCCAAUCUAGGUCAUCUCAUACUCAUUAUAAUUAUACUAGAGGUUUUGAAGCUGAUAUUACUGCUGAAGAAUUGUUCAGUAUGUUCUUUGGAGGUGGUUUUCCACAACAAGAAUUCUAUAUGAGACGCAGUGGAGGUCGAUGGAUGCGACAAAGCAAUGCCCAGGCUCAACAUGCUCAUGCUCAGCAAGCUAAUGGUUAUACUGCAUUCCUACAAAUGUUGCCGGUACUUUUGUUGAUUGUUCUGACUAUGAUGAGCAGCUUUUUCAUUUGGGAUCCACUGUAUAGUUUACAUCCAAACGCUAAAUAUUCGAUUCAAAGAACUACUCAGGAGUUAAAAAUUCCCUAUUAUGUCAAGGAAAAUUUUCACACCGAGUAUCAAGGUAGCCUGAGACGAUUAGAGAUUUCCGUUGAAGAAGAGUUUAUUAACAAUUUACGACACGCAUGUUAUAGGGAAAAGAAUCAUAAGGAAUUAAUGAUGAUGAAGGCAAGAAAUUUCGGAGAUUCAGAGAUGUAUCAUAGAGCAAAGAAUACAGAAGUGCCAGCUUGCAAAAGAUUACAUGAGAUUCAAGCAAUGUAAUUGCAGUUAGGAUCUCAAUUAAAUUAAAUUAUAAAUAAUCGAAUUUAUAGAAUGAAUUUUCCAAGAGUUAAAUUGAUUUGAUUUGUAAAUAGGCAUAUACGUAUAUUUUAGAUUGAACAUUGUUAGUACAUUGGAGCGAUUGAAGCGACGCAAUUGAUAACUUUUUUUCGGUUUCAAGAUUUCCAACAAAGCAUCAUAAAUUAUAGAUAAACUUCUCGUUUAAUUUAUAUUAGUCUUUGUAGAUUACAGCAAAAAAAGUAAAUUUAUGUUAGUCGCACAUAUAUUAGAUGAUAUUAUUAAUCGAUAAUUUAUAAGCUUUCGAGACAAAAGACAAUUUUAAUUAUAUUUAUUGAUUCAUUAUUUAUAUUAGUCAUCAGCAUCAAUCUACACUAUAAAUUUCUUGUUCUUUUUCAUACACAUUUUUUUAUAAUAAUUUUAAAAAUCAAUAAUUUGGUUUGAAUUUUAAAUAAUAAUUUCAUUUUCAUUCGGAGCACAU